AUGCCAGAAAAAAAUAGGGUCAAAGACCCAUUACAAGGUAAUAAAAUCGAUGCUGGAACAAUUGGAUCUGAAGUAGAAUAUAUAGAAAAAUUACUUGAGGGGUAUAAAAUCGAAGGUUUUGAAGUUUUAUAUUCUUCACCAACACUCCCAAAU